CCAGGGCAUAUUUGGAAUUUCAUGCACGCGUGGCUAUCACUGUCAUUUGGCCUGUUGCGCGGGGGCAGUUAUGUCAUUUGGACUCAUCCCCAUUCGUUUUAAUCAUGGCAGAUGAUGUAGAAAUUCUUCGUUUGGAAGGUUUUGCUGAGGAUAUUUGUUUCUUAGAGAGAGAAAGUGAAGAGAGGUGAGAGAAAGACUAGUUUUCAUUAAUUUCGGCAAAUGCAAGAUAUACACGCCUUCGGCGGUGGAGCUGCCACCGGCGGCGGCGGCGGAGAGAGUUUUUUCGGCGGCGGAGACAGGAGGCUGCGGCCGCACAGCCACCCCAACAACCAGGUGUUGAAGUGCCCCCGCUGUGAAUCGAUCAACACUAAAUUCUGUUACUACAAUAACUACAACCUCUCUCAGCCCCGCCACUUCUGCAAGAGCUGCCGCCGCUACUGGACCAAAGGCGGCGUCCUCCGCAACGUUCCGGUCGGCGGAGGCUGCCGCAAAGCCAAGCGUUCGAAGCAGAAAAGCAGCGCCGCCGCCUACCCCGUCGACGCGCCGGGAGAUCGGAGUCCGAACGCUCAGAGCUCGAGCAGUGAGAGCUCCAGCCUCACCGCCGCCGCCGCCGCAACACCUACCUCCACCGCCAAGGCCGCGGCGGAAGAAGGCUCGCCGCCGAAUAAUAAGACGACGAAACCUACCCCGCCCGACAAUUACCCUGAUUCAAUGUUCUUCAACGGAAACCCCAACUUCGAUCAUCAGUCGGCGCCGGAGGGGCAGAUCUUCGCGGCGGAUGUCGGCAGCUUCACGAGCCUGAUGGAAUCAUCAUCGACGGAGAUGCUGGGGUUUGGCAUGGCAGAUGUUACAACGACGCCGUACGAGCGGGUGCAUCAGGAAAAUCAAACUCCGGCACCGAACAAUUCUGGCUUGGAAAUGACAGCGACAGGAGUAGGUAUGAACAACGAUGGGCUAGCGGCGGCGCUAGACUGGGGCGGCGGAGAUCAAGGGAUGUUUAAUCUAACGGCUGCCGUGGAUCCUGCUUAUUGGAGCCAAUCUCACUGGAAUGAUCAAUCCCUUAAUUACCUUCUUUAGUCAUCCAAAUCUCACUUCUUUUAACCAUGGUCAUAUUUUUCGAUAUAUGUUUUCUUCUUUAAUUGUAAAUUUAGAUAAAUUUCUCUAUAUUUUCUUUUUUUUAAUUGGGUGAUUUUUGGUGGUUGUGUGACAUAUAGAUCACUAACUUCAAUUUGGGUUUUUUUAUUUUUUGUUUUUUGUUUUUUCAAUUAAGUUGGUGUAGUUUCUGGUUUUAGUUUGGAACUUACUCCUAUCAUGUAACCUAUUGUUGUAUUUGGGGAUUUUUAUCGACUUGCAAAAUCUAUAAUUUCUUGAAUUUUGGUUUAA